UUACAGAAGCAUGUAUCGAUGAACAAGUGUGUAUUUGUUUGCUUACAGAGAUUGCUUCAUAGAAAGUGGAUGUGGAAAAUGAAGAAACAGGAUUAUUAUACAACAUACGUUUAUACAAACAUACAUCAAGUUUGAAGAACCCAUUUUUGGAGCAGGCUCUCUUUAACAUCAGUAAGUCAAGUCAAGUCAUACCAUUAUCUGCUGCACCUAUGCAGAUAAGCCAUGUACAAAUAAAUCAUGAAGGAAGAAGUCAAGUAGCAUUUCUUUUGUCUUGCGUCGACGGAAUCAUUCAUUUAUAUACUCAGCUAACGUCGUCUUUCUUCUUUCCAAUGCUGGGAAGGGUAUCAGACCACAAGAUUAACAUUCUUUUUAUGCACAUUUUUGAUCAACCUACAGGUGAAAGGGUUAUAUGUGCAGGCGGUCAAAACGGUGAAAUACUCUUGGGAUUUUAUGAUAAAGACGGGAAGGAAAUAAAAACGAAUGCGAUCAAAAUAUUUAGUCCUAUCACAUCAACCUUAAUAUUCCAACCUAGAUCACACAGUCAGGCGGAUGAACUCCACUUGGUUGUCACUUGUGCAAUUGAACAAGCUAUUGUUUACAGAUCAAUCAAGACAAACGGGCUAUCAGUGAGUAAACCUCUUCCGUUAUCAGGGAACUUUGACAGUGUGUUAUGUUCUCAUGUAAUGGAUGUGGAUUGGGAUGGAGAAAAGGAAAUAUUGAUUGGCACAUAUGGUAGGCAAGUUAUCAUUUACAAACAAGUGACUGGCACACAAUUCUAUACCAUCUUAUGGAAAAGACAAUUUGCAUAUCCAAUAUACCGAAUAGUCCAUCUUGACUUGAAUAGGGAUGGAUUAGAUGAAUUAAUAGUAACAACGAUGUAUGGUGUACAUAUAUUUCAGUAGCCAAACAUGAAAAAGGCAAGAGACAGGUUGCUUGAGGUGCUUCAAUAUGUUGAAUCGACCAAAAAGAGAAAAU